AUGGCGUUGUCUUCAAUUUAGGGUUAGGGUUUAUGUUCAGGAUCCCGUUUCUCUAACACUGUCCUUAUCUUCACAUCCCGUUACACCUCUUAGCAAGAUAUGGUGAUCCCUUGAAGAUCAAAAUCCUCCAAAUCCUAAACCUCAAAUUCCUCUAAACCUCUCCCAGAAACCUCCAAAACCCUUACCCUAGCUGCACAACCAUCACCAUGUACCUCUACAGUCUCACUCUUCAACAGGCCACCGGCAUCAUAGCUGCCAUCAACGGCAACUUUUCGGGCGGCAAGGCCCAGGAAAUUGUCGUCGCUCGCGGCAAGAUUCUCUCCCUGCUCCGGCCUGACGAGAAUGGUAAGCUACAAACACUUCACUCUGUUGAAAUCUUCGGCGCUAUACGAUCCAUAGCCCAGUUCCGCUUAACUGGUGCCCAGAAGGAUUACAUAGUCGUUGGUUCAGAUUCUGGUCGGAUUGUUAUCCUCGACUACAACAAAGAGAAGAAUGUUUUCGAUAAAAUUCACCAAGAAACUUUCGGGAAAUCAGGGUGCCGCCGCAUCGUCCCAGGUCAGUACCUUGCUGUUGACCCUAAAGGUAGGGCUGUAAUGAUUGGCGCUUGUGAGAAGCAGAAGUUAGUUUAUGUUUUGAAUAGAGAUACUGCAGCUAGGUUGACGAUUUCGUCUCCCUUGGAGGCUCACAAGUCACAUACAGUAUGUUACUCCAUUUGUGGUGUCGACUGCGGGUUUGAUAACCCCAUUUUUGCGGCAAUUGAGUUGGAUUACUCAGAGGCAGAUCAGGAUUCAACUGGGCAGGCGGCUAGUGAGGCUCAAAAGCAUCUAACUUUUUAUGAGCUUGAUUUAGGGCUCAACCAUGUGUCUAGGAAGUGGUCAGAGCCAGUUGAUAAUGGGGCUAAUAUGUUGGUUAAUGUACCUGGAGGAGGGGAUGGGCCUAGUGGGGUUUUAGUUUGUGCUGAGAAUUUUGUGAUUUAUAAGAACCAGGGGCAUCCUGAUGUGAGGGCAGUUAUUCCUAGGCGGGCUGAUUUGCCUGCAGAGCGUGGGGUUCUUAUUGUUUCAGCUGCCACCCAUAAGCAGAAGUCCAUGUUCUUCUUUCUUUUGCAGACUGAGUACGGGGAUGUUUUUAAGGUUACUUUGGAGCAUGACAAUGAUCGUGUGACAGAAUUGAAGAUUAAGUAUUUUGAUACAAUUCCUGUCACAGCUUCAAUGUGUGUGUUGAAAUCUGGGUUUCUGUUUGCGGCAUCAGAAUUUGGCAAUCAUGGCUUGUAUCAGUUCCAAGCUAUUGGGGAGGAGCCAGAUAUUGAGUCUUCAUCAGCCACAUUGAUGGAAACUGAAGAAGGUUUCCAGCCAGUAUUUUUUCAGCCUAGAGGACUUAAGAACCUUGUCAGGAUUGACCAAAUGGAGAGCUUGAUGCCAAUAAUGGACAUGAAAAUCAUUAAUCUAUUUGAAGAAGAAACCCCUCAGAUAUUUUCCCUAUGUGGACGUGGUCCCCGUUCAUCUCUGAGGAUAUUAAGGCCUGGUUUGGCCAUCAGUGAGAUGGCUGUUUCGCAGCUUCCUGGAGUCCCAAGUGCUGUGUGGACUGUGAAAAAGAAUGUUAAUGAUGAGUUUGAUGCCUACAUUGUUGUGUCUUUUGUCAAUGCAACUCUUGUGCUUUCUAUUGGUGAAACUGUUGAAGAAGUUAGCGAUAGCGGGUUUUUAGAUACCACCCCUUCUCUUGCUGUUUCAUUGAUAGGUGAUGACUCUCUAAUGCAAGUUCAUCCCGAUGGUAUCAGGCAUAUAAGGGAAGACGGGCGUGUUAAUGAGUGGAGAACUCCUGGAAAAAGGACUAUUGUUAAGGUUGGCUCCAAUAGGCUUCAAGUAGUGAUUGCAUUAAGUGGAGGUGAGCUUAUAUACUUUGAGGUGGAUAUUACUGGGCAGCUGAUGGAGGUCGACAAGCAUGAAAUAUCUGGAGAUGUGGCUUGUUUGGACAUUGCACCUGUUCCUGAAGGGAGACAGAGGUCCCGUUUUCUUGCAGUUGGUUCAUAUGAUAACACAAUCCGUAUACUGUCUUUGGAUCCUGAUGAUUGUAUGCAAGUUCUCAGUGUUCAAAGUGUUUCUUCACCUCCAGAAUCUCUUCUUUUCCUUGAAGUUCAGGCAUCAGUUGGGGGGGAGGAUGGUGCUGAUCAUCCUGCCAGCCUUUUCCUUAAUGCAGGUUUGCAGAAUGGAGUUCUGUUCCGGACUGUGGUGGAUAUGGUAACAGGCCAGCUUUCUGAUUCCCGGUCACGAUUCUUAGGGUUGAGACCCCCAAAGUUGUUCUCUAUUAUUGUGAGAGGCCGGCCUGCAAUGCUUUGCUUGUCCAGUCGACCAUGGCUUGGUUACAUUCACCAAGGACAUUUUCUUUUGACACCACUUUCUUAUGAGACUCUUGAAUUUGCUGCAUCAUUUUCAUCUGAUCAGUGUGCUGAGGGUGUUGUUGCUGUUGCUGGGGAUGCAUUGAGGGUUUUCACCAUUGAGCGUCUUGGAGAAACAUUUAAUGAGACUGCAAUCCCUUUGAGGUACACCCCAAGGAAGUUUGUUCUUCAACCCAAGAGAAAAUUGCUGGUAAUCAUUGAGAGUGACCAGGGAUCAUUCACUGCAGAAGAGCGUGAAGCCGCAAGAAAGGAGUGCUUUGAGGGGAGUGGAAAUGGUAACGUGGAGCAAAUGGAGAAUGGUGGUGAUGAUGAGGAUAAAGAUGACCCUCUCUCUGAUGAGCAGUAUGGUUAUCCAAAGGCAGAGUCAGACAAGUGGGUUUCUUGCAUCCGAGUUCUUGAUCCAAGGACAGCUGCUACAACUUGUCUUCUGGAGCUUCAAGACAAUGAAGCUGCUUUCAGUAUCUGCACUGUGAAUUUUCAUGAUAAGGAGUAUGGAACCCUCCUGGCUGUAGGCACUGCCAAGGGGCUGCAGUUUUCUCCCAAAAGAAGUUUAGCUGCAGGAUUUAUUCAUAUUUACAGGUUUGUUGAUGAAGGGAGAUCACUUGAACUUCUGCACAAGACACAAGUAGAAGGCGUUCCUCUAGCAUUAUGCCAGUUUCAGGGAAGAUUACUUGCUGGCAUAGGGUCUGUGCUCAAGCUGUAUGACUUGGGCAAAAAAAGAUUGCUUAGAAAAUGCGAGAAUAAGCUGUUCCCUAACUCUAUUAUCUCUAUUCAAACAUAUCGUGAUAGGAUAUAUGUUGGUGACAUUCAGGAGUCAUUCCAUUUUUGCAAGUAUAGGAGGGAUGAGAAUCAGCUCUAUAUAUUUGCUGAUGAUGUUGUUCCAAGAUGGCUUACUGCAUCAUACCAUAUAGAUUUUGAUACCAUGGCUGGUGUAGACAAGUUUGGGAAUGUUUAUUUUGUGCGUCUACCACAGGAUGUUUCGGAUGAGAUAGAAGAAGAUCCAACAGGUGGGAAGAUAAAAUGGGAGCAGGGGAAGCUUAAUGGAGCACCCAACAAGAUGGAGGAAAUAGUUCAGUUUCAUAUUGGGGAUGUAGCCACUUGCUUGCAGAAGGCAUCUUUGAUACCGGGUGGUGGAGAGUGUCUUAUUUAUGGGACAGUUAUGGGGAGUGUGGGGGCAUUGCUUCCAUUCACUUCCCGUGAUGAUGUUGACUUCUUUUCCCACCUAGAGAUGCAUAUGAGGCAGGAACACCCACCAUUGUGUGGACGAGAUCAUAUGGCUUACAGAUCUGCUUAUUUUCCCGUGAAGGAUGUGAUUGAUGGGGAUUUGUGUGAACAGUUCCCUACACUGCCUAUGGAUUUGCAAAGGAAAAUUGCUGAUGAAUUGGAUAGGACUCCUGGAGAAAUACUGAAGAAACUUGAAGAAGUCAGAAAUAAGAUUAUCUGAGGUAUCAAUUUAAAGGGUGUCCUUCCCUACUUGUUGGGCACCCCACUCUUCUAUUUCCUAUUAAUGUAGGUUGUAGAUCCUGGAUUUACUAGCGUGAGCUCUGGUUGGAGGCUAUAUCAGGUCAGUAAGAAAAGUAAAAGCAUAUUGGUCCCUGGGCAGAGCAAUCAAGCAUUUUGAUUUUCAAGUUUGAAUGAGCUAAUUGUAUUAGAGGCAGAAGCUACCAUUUGUGUCUCAGAUAUGGCAUUUACUGUUGUUGUAGUACUUAACUGAUUCUUGUGGAUUUUAUGUUCAUUAUUGUUAGAUUAGAAUUGAUCUAUAAUGGUAGAAAUUGAAUAUGAACCAUGUCAGACGACAAUGAACAGGUUGGAUAUUA